CUGCAAAUGAUUUCCAUUUAGAAGUCUGAUUGGAAAUUAAAAAAAAAAAUAAAAAUGGACAGAGAAUCAAAUCUGAACCGAGCUGAGACAUUCUCCUUCGUCAACCCAUGGAUCAGAUAUUUUCUCUUCUUCUUUAGCUUCUUGUUUUGGGUUUUCUCUUUGCUGAUUGUUGGAAUCGGGGUUUAUGCUAAAGUCCAGAAAGCCACAGACACGGUGCGGGACACGUUCCUGGUCGACCCAGCUGUCAUCCUAAUUGUUGUGGGGGUGGUGAUGUUCUUCAUCACUUUCUGUGGUUGCAUUGGAGCCCUCAGAGAGAACAUUCGCCUCCUCAAGACAUUUUCCUUCAGCCUGGUACUGGUCUUUCUUAUCCAACUGGUUAUAGCGAUUCUGGGCUUUUUCUACUCUGAUCAGACCCAGGAUGCAUUCGGAAAGUUUGUGAAGAAAGCCAUUGUGCACUACAGGGAUGACCUGGAUCUGCAGAAUCUGAUGGAUUACAUCCAGAAAGAGUUUAAGUGCUGUGGAUGGAACAACUACACAGACUGGUCGUGGAACCUGUACUUUAACUGCACACAUGAUAAUCCCAGCUCAGAGCGCUGCGCUGUGCCUUACUCCUGCUGCACUGCUGUUCCUGGAGAGACGGUGAUCAACACCAUGUGUGGUUUUGGAGUUCAAGCCCAAACGUAUCUGGAUGCAGACAAGGCAAUCUAUCCAGUAGGCUGUGCAGACAGGGCAGUGAUGUGGAUUGAGUCCCAUCUGCUGAUGGUAGGAGCCCUGGCCCUUGGUCUGGCCUUACCUCAGAUUGCAGGCAUUGUGCUGUCCCAGAUCCUGAUCUCUCAGAUCCAAAAGGAGAUUACCUCAGCAUUUUGAGGGCAGAUGUAGAAGGACGUUUGUGGUGCUCAAAUUUUCCCAUGAGGGCAAACACAUCUCACCUACAUAUCCUUUUCCUGACAUGCCACUCUCUUUGACAAAAUUAAUAAGAUGCACUUUCCUGUGACACAAAAGGCACAACAAAUGUAUAUAGUGCUUGUUUU